AUGUCACAAAAAAGACGGGAUAAAAAAGAUAAAAAGGGUAAGAAGGACUCGUUCAUCGGAAGUAAGUCCGUGAAAAUUCUGAAACAAGAGAUCUUCGAUCAUUAUUUGUCAGGGCAGGAUGUGGCCCUGGUCAUGUUCUAUGACCCUAAGAACGCUCAGAGUCAGCUGGCCAAGCCACACUUUGUCAAAGCUGCAAGCAUCGUCAAGAAACAGAAUGUGGGAUUUGCUGCAGUCAACUGCGCCCUAGAGGGGAAGCUUUGCCAAGAGGAAGAGAUCCGAGAUCUGCCAACUCUCAAACUGUACUCUCGUGGCAGGUAUCUGAGAAUGCAAAACCCCAUGUCUGACUACAACCAACUGUUGAAAAUCAUUGACAGCAUGCCCAUUCUGCCACCAAAACCGGUCAGAAAUAUACAGUUUAAAAUUUAG